AUGCCGCCGCAGACGAUCCACUCGACCCUUCCGCCCUUUCCGGCCGACAUUCCCACCGCGCCGCUAGUCAGCGUCUCCCUCGCGGGUCUGGAGGCGCGCGACCCAGCCACCCAGCAGGCACUCUGGGACGCAUGCCAAGACCUCGGGUUCUUCUACCUCGACAUGUUUGGGAGCGAGGUUGGCGAGCGGAUCGUUUCUCAGGCAGAGGCGAUCAAUGCCGUCCAGAACAAGUUUUGGGCGCUGGGGAAUGAGGAACUCGACAAAUAUGGAAGGGAUAAGGUGCAUGAGUUCUUUGCGUAUCGGUAUGGCGAGCCGGGCGAGGUUGAUGGUAACGGGGUCAAGUUGCGUAACCAGAACUACAACAUCCGCAAGGACGACGUCCUGGGCCAGACGGACCGUCUUCCCGCUCCCCCAGUCGUGCGCUCCAACGACCCGCUCUUCGCCUCGUACAUUCGCGACUGCCGGGUCGUCAUCGACCUCCUUCUCGAGCAGCUUAACACGCGCCUCGAACUCCCCACCGGAACGCUGGCCAAGAUGCACCGCCUCUCCCAGCCGAGCGGCGACCAUAUCCGAUUCACCAACAACCCGCCGCAGCCUUUCGUGGAGCGGGUAGCCAAGCGUGGCGAGCACACGGAUUUUGGCAGCUUGACAAUCCUGUUCAACUGGCUGGGCGGUCUCCAAAUUCGGCACCCCAAGACCGACGAGUGGGUCUACGUUAGGCCCAUCCCCGGAUCCCCAGUUAUCAAUCUCGGUGACGCGAUGGUUACGUUUACGGCUGGUAUUUUGCGGUCCAACAUCCAUCGGGUUGUGCCGGCUCCUGGAGAGCAGUCACACAGCGAUCGGAGCAGCCUCGUCUUCUUUACACGGCCAGAGGACGACGUUAUCAUGAAACGGCUCGAGGGGGGUAUUAUCGAUGCUCAGCCGAAGACUGAGGCUGGAGAGGAGAUGACGGCGCAGGAGUGGUGGAUGAGCCGCGGGACGGGCAAGAUGCCGGGCAUCUUUACCAAGAAGGGCUUUGAGCCUUUUGUGGGUGGUGGUGAUCUGUAUGCUGGCGCUGUACGGAAGGAUGCCGAGGCGCAGGCGCAGGCGAUCAAGGCUUAG